AGGAUGGGGACAAGAGCACCCUCCCCAGCUUAGAACCGUGCUGUGGAGUGGGAGAGGAGGUAGCUGAACGGUGUUUGGCAGGAAGGGGCGGCCUCUCGCGGGGCAGGAAGCUACGCUAGGAAAAGAGGGAGGAGACUGCAGUGGCAGCAGCGACUGCUGGAAGCUCUAAGUAGCCCAGGUGCUGCUGCCUCUGACACUCGGGAGGAGAGCAAGGAAGCCCAGCGCGGGGACUUCUGGAUGCCUCCUUCUUCUGCCCCGAGGCUUUCCUAGACAGACUCUUGGCCUUGGACUCCUCCUGGCUUUUGCUCUCACCAACACUCAUUUGGCUCCUCGCCUGCUGAUCAUCCUUCACUCCAGGCUCGCAGCGGAGGCAACAGUCUUGUGUCCGAUUUGGGCACGUGAGUGCUGCAAACCCAGACAGUAGGCAGGUAUGAAGUCUCCUCACAAAAAAGCAGCUGCAAGAGAGCAAACGAGAGAAGCUGUUGGUCACCAUGUUGGCUCUACAACCAUUAAGAAGAAAAAAGCUGCCCAGAAGAGGCAGAGGAGCAGGUCUUCAUCCCAAUCCCGAAGGAACAUCGUGGGCUGCAGAAUUUCUCACGGGUGGAAGGAAGGAGAUGAGCCCAUCACCCAGUGGAGAGGAACUGUUCUGGAUCAGGUGCCUAUAAACCCCUCUCUCUAUCUGGUGAAAUACGAUGGCAUUGACUGUGUCUAUGGACUGGAACUUCACAGAGAUGAAAGGAUUUUAAAGCUUAAAAUCCUUUCUGAUAAGGUGUCCUUUUCUCGAGUCAGCGAUGUGCGCCUUGCUGAUAGCAUAAUUGGCAAGGCAGUGGAACACAUGUUUGAGGGUGAGCAUGGCUCUAAGGAUGAAUGGAGGGGGAUGGUCCUGGCCCAAGCGCCUAUCAUGAACGCCUGGUUUUAUAUUACCUAUGAGAAAGAUCCCGUCUUGUACAUGUACCAGCUUCUGGAUGAUUAUAAAGAGGGUGACCUCCGUAUCAUGCCAGAGUCCAGUGCAUCUCCUCCAGCAGACAGGGAGCCAGAAGGAGUUGUAGAUGGCCUGAUAGGUAAACAUGUGGAAUAUACCAAAGAAGAUGGCUCCAAGAGGACAGGCAAGGUCAUUCACCAAGUGAGAGCCAAGCCCUCUGUGUACUUCAUCAAGUUUGAUGAUGAUUUCCAUAUCUAUGUCUAUGACUUAGUGAAGAAGAACUGUUAGAGUUAGAUUUGAGUAGUGUGGGGAGGCAAGUGUGUAAUUUGUAGAUGUGCGAGAAAUGUUCAUUUCUCAGUAUAUUAGAAGCCUGAGGGUUUCUGAUAACCCAGAAUCUUUGCCAGCAUUACUGUUGUUUUGUUCUGAAAAAUACCAGUCUGUGGAUAUGACCUGUUCUAUGUAAAACUUUGUCUUGUGCAAGAGAUGAGUAUGUUUGGUGGAUGGGACAUGAAGGAACAGCUGUCAAUUUAACCUGUGAAUAAAGUACCAUUAUUAUUAUAA